AGUCAGAUCAAGAUUAUUUCUAAUGUCUUUCAUAACCAACUCCCACUACCCCCCUCACUUUCCGUAGACCGAAUGGUAAUUCUAGAUCAUCGACCUAACUUUAGCUUUCGAAAUCUAGAGUGAGGAGUGGGGGUGUUUGAUUCCGUUGAUUGCGAUUCAAAUUUUAUUUUCAUGUUACUUAUGCUAUGUUGUUAUGUACCUAGUUAGUUAUUGUAGUUCGGUGUUCGGCAGCUCGUAGUGCUUCAUUAUUUCAUUGGCGUUAUAUGUUGAAUAUUCGUAUUUCGGUAUUAUUUUCAUUUGGAUUAUUUGGAAGGAAUCUGAAUCCUGAGAUUGUGUUCAAAUAACGUUGCAGUUCGACGCGACGGUGUGCUUUUCAAAGUUGUAUCAUAUUACUGACCAGCCCUUAUUACGAAUUUUCAUAACGUGGAGGCAACAGCAAUCGAUAAUGGAUUCACAGAGGAAGCAACGUCUUCAAAGCGAGAUUGUAUCUGAGUUAAAGUUGAAACAUCGCGGCUUCAAAGACUGGACCGUAAAUGCGAAGACGCCGGAUCAGACAGUUUCUAGAAUUGAUUUCGAUUUGCCCAAUGCGCUUAGUUCGUAUGAAUAUCCGGCCAAUUUACGGGAACCUGAAAUUGAAAACAAAAUCGUUAAAAAAGUUAAUGAGAUCAGUUUGCCCGAAGAUGAACGACGUGAAAUCCUGGAAUCGGUAACUCGCGAUUUAGAGACUGCUUUUGCAUCUUACGAUAUACAUUUAUUGAGUGGCGAACGUGUUGCGAAUGAUUGGCACUUGUACGGCUCCUACAAGAAUGGACUCUGUUGUCGUGAGAACAGCGAUAUUGAUUUCCAUAAUGGAUCAUUCGAAAAUCUUACGAAUUCUGACGCCGGAAAACUUGUGGAAACAGUCUCGAAUGUUUUCCAAAAUAAUACCUACUUCGAUCCUAAACGUUUUUUCAAAACGGCGCGAGUUCCACUGGUUGAGUUGAUACACAAAGACACCGGAAAAGUAUGCAGCAUUACAUUCUCCGGCAGAAUGGGAGUGGAUGAUUCGGUGCUGGCGAAACUGUACGUGGAACAGUAUCCGAAUUGUAAAGUUUUGACGUUGUUUCUGAAAUACGUAUUAAAAGAACAUAACUUACACGGAACCAAAAAAAUAAAAACUCAUACGAUAUUUUGGUUGGUGGUGUUUUUCAUGCAACAAAAAAAGUUGCUACUGCCCGGAAAAGAUGUACGUCAAGCGGCUGUACGAGAAGAAAACAACGCCGGGUAUUCAUCGAAAGAAUCCAUCGUUUCUUUGUAUCAUGGUUUUUUGAAAUUUUAUAAAAAUUUCAAUUUUUUAGAAUACGUCAUCUCUCCAUAUUUCGGAUACGCGUUACCUAUCGGAAACUACGAAAUAUUGGGUAAAUUGUUCGCUAGAAGUUGCAUGAAUAUUCAGGGUAUGUCCACUCUUACUGCGAAUUAUGCCGCGAAUGUGCCGCUGAAAAUAGUAAACGAGUUCAGAGUCGUCUGCGAACACCUUUUCGAUAUCUGCGAGAAAGCGUUGAACGGAGGACAUCUAUUUGGAAUUUCUUCGAAAUCCGAAUUAGAAUCGAAGAAACAUCUAUAUAAGAACAUCAAUCAUACAGCGUCUAUCGACCUGAAUUAUAAAUCUUUGGAAGCACGUUCAGAUGAUUUGAAGGAAUUCUUAAUCGCUGCUGUUCGCAACCUGAUGGAAAUCGUUUUGGGAUUUCAUUGUCAAAGUAUCGUGAGCCGAAAUGUUGUUUAUAAUAAACAAGGGGAUCCUUCCGCAAGGGAAGUCGUACCUUUCUUAUACAUCGAUUACAGUUCGACGUAUACUACUUUGAGCAACAAACACAUGUUAUCUAUGUUCGAAGAAAGUUCCUCUUGCUUGAGUGAGAAUUUUGGAGUUUUUUUCUUAUUCGAAGCUCGCAAUGAUUUGAAAUUGAAACGAGUUAGAGUAUUGGUUGAGGGAGAUGGCCGAUUCGUCGAGUUUAUGGAGACCUAUGGAAAAGAACUGUUCAUCGUUCAAGUUUGUAAAUAGAUAAUAGUUUUUAGAUUUCGUUUGACGGUUGUUUCAAUACGUACUUGAGUAUAUAAUCCUCUUGAUUUUUAUUUUUUUCAUUAGUUUUUCGUAUUUCGGUUUAGUACUUAUUGUAUUUUUUUAACGUGGCUGUUGACUUUUUAGUUUUUCUUAAUUAUUUCGGUUUAGUAUUUUAUAUUUAAACGUGGCUGUUGACUUUUUAUUAUUUUUUCGUAUCUCGGUUUAGUACCUACCUAUUUUAUUUUUAAACGCUGCUGUUGACUUUUUAUCAAUUUCUCAUAUUUCGGUUUAAGUAUUUUUUAUUUUUAAACGUGCAGGCUGUUGACUUAUCAUUUUUUCGUAUCUAGGUUCAAGUAUUUUAUUUAUAAUUUAUAAACGCGGCUGUUGACUUUUUUUCAUUAGUAUAGGUACAAUGUUUUUUGAAUUUGAAUAUAAUUUUUC